UGAAUCAAUCGUAGUUUCCGGUAAGUAAGAUGGCCGUAUACAUGACAUAGCUAAUGGAAAGUAAACUAAGAAGCUAGAUGUUUUUCAGUUCGCUAGAAAUUUACCAUUACAAAGCCGUAUGUCUUGUUGAAUAUCACAAGCUGCCAUGGAGACGCCGGAACCAGGCCCAGCAGAUGGAGAGGAGCGGCUGGUGGAGCUGAGGCCUCGGACUCGUUCCAACCCAGAGGGGGCGGAGGACCGUCGCAGCAGCGGCGGCAGUAUCGGCGGCAGCAUCGGCAACAACGGCACUCCCCAGCCGGCUGUGGGCAGCCGCAGCGAAGGCGAGGGGGAGGCCGCCAGCACCGACAGCCCUCCCAGCGCUGCCGCCGCCACCACCGCCACCGCCACCGUCACUGUGACCUCUGCUGCUGCCGCCACAACCCCUGCAGCAGUCAGCACCACAACCCCCCCUGCCAAAGACAGGCCCAAACCAGCACUGUCUUCUCCAGCACCCCCCCUGCCCCCCACCGCAGACUUCCAGCUGAGAGCGCCCAGAGUCAACUGCCCAGAGAAAGUGAUAAUUUGUCUGGACCUGUCAGAAGACAUGUCUCUGCAGAAGCUGGAGUCCUUUAAUGGAUCCAAAACGAAUGCGCUAAACGUCUCUCAGAAGAUGAUCGAGAUGUUUGUGAGGACAAAGCACAGGAUCGACAAGCGUCACGAGUUUGCCCUGGUGGUGGUGAACGAUGACGCCCUGUGGUUGUCUGGUUUCACCUCUGACCCCCGGGAGCUGUGCAGCUGUCUGUAUGACCUGGAUACCAAUGUCUGCGAGUCUUUCAAUCUUGAAGACCUUCUAAAUGUUAUCCUGCAGAAGAUAGAGUUGCCCUUCAUGGAGAACGUGCAGACCAUUCCCCCUCCAUUUGUGGUGCGGACCCUCCUGGUCUACAACCGGCACGCGGGCCAGCUGCAGUUCAGCCCCUCAGAGGCCGUCAGCAAGAUGCUGCAGUCCCCUUAUUUCUUCUUUGAUGUGGUUUAUUUACACAAUGGUGCUGAGGAGCAAGGGGACGAGAGUAGCUGGAAGGAUGUUUACACCUCUUUCUGUGACUUGGACUCGAAAGGCAUGUGCUACCGGUUUGAGGUGUCACUGUGUGGCCCUGCCGUCGAGCUGCACAACUGCAUGGCCAAGCUCCUGGCACACCCCCUACAGAGGCCCUUCCAAAGCCACGCCUCCUACAGCCUGCUGGAAGGGGAGGAGCCUCAGGAGGUUGAGGCCACUGUUUGAUUGUCUCAGGCGGGUGUGGGAAGUACGGAGGACUGUUGACACUGGGACGAGGAGGCGUGUCGUUUCCUUGGGCCACGGCCCCUCCCAUGCACUGAGUGAUAUCCAUGGCACAAGCUUCAAAAGGAGACCUCGUCACACAUGGCU